AGUGCGUACGUAGCACUAAGAUUAGGACAUUCGAUUUUUAAAACGUUGUUGUUUAAACGUGAGAAUAUAGGUUUUUUGGCAAGAUGUCUGACGCCGCUGCAACCCCUGCACCUGCUCCAGCAGCCCCAGCAAAGGCUGCUUCUCCAGCUAAAAAGGCUGCAAAGAAAAAGGCAAAGAAGCCCUCCAAUCACCCAAGAUAUUUUGACAUGAUCGUUGAGGCUAUCCAAGACCUAAAGGAAAGAUCUGGAUCUUCCAGGCAAGCUAUUUGUAAAGCUAUUAUGGCCAAGCACCCUGGCGUGGGCUCCGAUCCAGUGGUUGUAAACAAUUGUGUAAAGAUGUCCCUGAAACAGAGUGUCAAGAGCGGAAAACUCAAACAGUCUAAGGGCACGGGAGCAUCGGGCUCCUUCAAGCUCGGAGAUGUAAAAGCUGCCCCGAAAAAGAAGGCAAGUGCGGCGAAGAAGAAGCCAGUUGCAGCCAAAAAACCAAAGGUCGCAAAGAAACCUAAGAAGGCAGCGGCAGCUAAGCCUAAAAAAGCUACCAAGCCUAAAGCCAAAAAAGAAAAAGCAAAGAAAUCUCCCAAAAAGGCCAAGCCAGCAGUAAAGAAAACCGCCAAGCCUAAAGCUGCUAAACCCAAGAAGGCAGCAAAGCCAAAAGUAAAGAAAUCCCCAAAGAAGGCUGCAAAGAAGUAAAAUUGACAAUCGACUUUUUGAACCAUUGACUAAAUGAGUUAUGUGAGCGAUCUGUGGCAUUUUGUAAAAGUGCAAAUUUUGAGCCGGAUAAAAGCAAUUCGUCCUGUAAACAUCCAUUUGUAUAUAUUCAUUAAUUUCAUCAACUCGUGUAAAAUAAAAUCAUUUCCUUACAA